ACAGAUUCCAGUGGACAUGGACAGUAUUGCCCCAAGACUAGUUGGACUCCAGCAAUCUUUGUCAGCGCUCAAGAGAGACUUAAAGACUCUAGCUUAUAAACAGUGGAGACAGAACUGUCAACAAAGUCAACGAGGCCGUAUUCUUUUCCAGAUCGUUGACAAACCAUCAAAGAAGAAUAUAGAGCUUCAUGCUAGACUUAGCAGGCCUCCAUCAUCUAUCUUAACACAAAUAGGGACAGGCAAUAUUAGCCUGCUGCAUUUCCUAUACAAAAGAAAUAUUCCAGGAAUCGAUGAUGGAGAAUGCCA